AUGAAGAACACGAGCCACGCCGGCGGCGGCAGCAGUGCCGGUGGCCGGAGUCGCAGCGGAAGCUCUGCGACGCACCAGAGACGGGUCAGCGUGUCGAAGCUGGCCCUGCGGAACGGCGAUCCUUCACGCUCACAGCACAAUGGAACGUCCUCGACAGCACACUCCUCCUCCUCCUCAUUGACCUCCUCCCUCGAAUCGGCCACGUCGGCGGCCGAUGUCCGGUCUGCCCUCGUCGGCCUGCACACACGCGAAGACAGCCUCCGCCACUCCCUCCAGGGGCUGGUCGCCGCCCACGCGGACCUCAGCCGCGACCUGAUGCGCCUCGACAGUCUACGGGCCACGCUCGGCGCGCAGGUCAUUGCCACGCGCAGCAUCGCCACGACCAUGCUCUCCGGUGCCGCCGACACGGCGGGCCGGCUGUCGUCGACGGUGCGCAACCUGGACCUGGAAAAGGAGCACGUCGAGGCCACGCUGCGGGUCGUCGAGCAGGUGGCCGAGCUCAAGGCGUGUGUGGCCGGCGUCGUUGGGUCGAUGGGCGCGCCGCAGGACUGGGAGGCUGCGGCGGCGUACCUGGCCCGGGCGAGCCGCAUCCCCGAGAGCAUCGUGACGUCUGGCUUUGCCAACGCCGUCGUGCCCACGGUCGAGGUGCCCGACCCGCCGGCCGUGACGCUCGAAGAGGCGCGGGCCAGUCUGUGCGGGCUGUUCCUGCGCGAAUUCGAGCGGGCCGCGCAGGAUGGCGACGACGCACGCGUGACGCGCUUCUUCAAGCUGUUCCCGCUGAUUGGACGCACCGACGUCGGCCUCGAUGUCUACGGGCGGUACGUGUGCCAGGGCGUGGCCGAGUCGGCGCGGAACGUAUUUCGGGGCGAGACGCCCCAGCCAGCAGCCGUGCCGGCGGCAGCCAGCCGCCACGACGGCUUCUUCUUCGCCAACGCGCUGGCCAAGCUGUUUACGCACAUCUCGCAGAUUGUCGAGGGCCACGGUGCCUUGGUGGAGCGGCACUAUGGCGGCGGCCAGAUGAUCAAGGUCAUCAGCCGGCUGCAAAAGGAGGCGGACGUGCAGGGCGGCAUUGUCGUGGACGCCUGGAGCGACGAGCGCGGCGUCGACCGCAAGCUGACUGACGUCAAGAGUUACCCGUUUUCGUUCUUGGUGCAGAGCUUUGGCAUGAAGGGGGCGGGCGGCAGCAGUAGCAACAGCAACGCAGGCGGCGGCGGCGGCGGCGACGGCGCGUCGCGCGUCAACUCGCCCGCCUUGGGCGUCGAUAGCCCGCGUCGCAGCGAGGACGAGGGAGGCGUCAACAUGCGCGAGAUUGACGGCUUGCUGAAUGAGAUUGCGAUUAUGCUGAGCCGCUGGUCGCUCUACUCGCGGUUCCUGGCCAACAAGUGCCGCGACGACGAGGCAGAGGCGGCAGCGCAGGCCGAGGCAGACGCCAAGGAUACGAAGAAGGAAAAGAGCGGCAAGGACGGCCAGGAUGGCCAGGACAGCAAGGACAGCAGUACCGAACGGGCCACGGCAGCAACACCAGACGAACGGCCCCUGGUCAUCCCCAGCGUCCUGGCCCAGUCCAACCUGCAGCGCAAGGUAGCCGCACGGCUCAUCACGCCCUACAGUCUGAUGAGCACCUUUUUCUUCCGCCGCUCCGUCGAAAAGGCCUUCCAGCUCGAGGAGACGCCGGGUGACCUGUCGCUCAACAUGGCCGACGCGCUCGACAACAACCCGCCGUACAUUAUCUCCGCCGUCGACGACGUCAUGUACAUUGUUAACGCCGUGAUCCAAAAGUGCAUGUCGACGCUGCAGCGCGACGUCGUCGUCGGCGUCAUCCCUCCCGUGGGGCGCGUGCUGGGAUCGGAUUUUAUCGGCAUGAUCCAGCGCAAGAUGAUCCACGAGGCGUACCCACGGCCCACGGCGUCGGGCGGCCUGCCGCCCGACGACCGCGUCAUUGCCUUUAUCCUGCUCAUCAACUCGCUGGACAUGGCCAUGGAGUACCUGGCACGCAUCGUGUCCACACGCAUGGGCGUGCCGGUCGACGAAUCCUCCUCGUCCGCACCGGCCAACGCCAAAGAGGGCCAGCGGGCCCAGCGCAUCCCCAGUGCCACGGCGCCCGCUGUCGUGGCGCACCUGCGCGACACGUUCUCGCCCUUUGACCACGAUGUCUCGCUCGUGGCCGCCGCGCUCGCCAACCUGUUUAUCAACUUUACGACCAAGGCGGUCGAGCUGCAAAACGAGGGCAUCCAGGUGCUGUUUGCCAAUCACAUCAAGCCGCGCCUGCAUACGAUUGUGUCGGACGCGUUCCGCGACGUCGACUACAGCUUGGACGAGCAGGAGCUGGCGGACGUGGCCGAAGCCAACGACGCGGACCUCGACGUUGUCCUGGAGCACGUCAGCCGCCGCUUCGAGCACGGCUGGGACGGCCUGAUGCGGCCGCUGGCGCGCAUCAUGACGCCCCGCACGUUUGCGCUCGCGGCCGACCUGGCGGCGCGCUACCUGGCCAAGGCCCUGGAGCGCCGUGUAUGGACGUACGCGUCGGACCGGGGCGACCGGGGCGACCGGGCGGAACGCGGUGAAAAACGCCGCACGAGCGCGUACGGCGCCAUCCGCCUCGAGCGCGACAUCAACGGCAUUGUCGGCGCCGUGGCGCGCGGCAGCAGUAACUACGGGGCGCGCGAGCUGUUUGCCAAGACGACGCAGAUUUUGAUGGUGGCCAACAUGGAGGACGACGAGUGGGAGGAGCUGGGCGGCGUGGCAGGCGGCGCCGGCGAGGGCGAGGACGACGAGAACGACGACGGCAUGGUCUGGCUGCUGAGCGAAGACGAGCGGCGGCGGGCACGCGGCAUGGUGCGGCGGGUGGUGUAG